GCAACAAGCCCUGACAAUCGUGAGCAUUGCAACCAGCUGAACAGAUGACGACAGAAGCGUCCUUAAGGAGUUUGAAAAGAGGAGCAAAUAUGUAUUGUAACUAAUAUGCGGCGGCCAGGUUUACUUUUACGUGUUAGAACAGUGAAUUUAUCGAUGUUAUUACUGUUACAGAUGAGCUGUUGAUAUUGGUUGAGACUGGCGAGUACAAAUAUUACCAACGCAUAUUUUAGGUUCUUUCCAAUUAAACGUUAAACUUGUCCAGUGUGAUGGACAGACUGAACAUCGCCGGAGUAAGUUAGACAACACCUCGCCUACAAACCAGCCGGGUGCGAUUGAAUCCGUUAACUCCGAACAUGGCGUCAGAGGAGGGCUCACUGCGUGCGCUGGAAAGUCUAAUGUCAGAGUUCUUUCACAGCCGCACCACCAACGAGCGCAAGAGGGAGAUUGAGGAGCUGUUGAAUAACUUUGCUCAGCAGAUGGGGGCCUGGCGGCACUGUCUCUACUUCCUCUCCAACACCCAUAACGAGUACAUCAGGAUGUACAGUCUGACAGUAUUUGAGAACCUCAUCAACAAGAUGUGGCUGGGCUUGUCCUCGCAGGACAAGAUAGAGAUCCGCAGCGGCCUGCCCAAGCUGCUGCUGUCCGAGCACAAGUCCCUGCCCUACUUCAUCCGCAACAAGCUGUGCAAGGUCAUCGUGGACAUCGGCAAGCAGGACUGGCCCGUCUUCUACCAGGACUUCUUCACCAACAUUCUGCAGCUCAUCCAGUCCCCCACCCUGGCCCCGCUGGGCCUGGUCCUCCUCAAGACCGCGUCGGAGGAGCUGGCGUGCCCCCGGGAGGACCUCAGCGUGACCCGCAAAGAGGAGCUACACAGGCUGCUGCUGGAGCAGGUCCCCACGGUGCUCAGCCUGCUGACCGGUAUUCUAGAAACAAUUUGGGAUAAACACAGCAUCCCUGCCACCACACCUCCUCCUUCACCCACGUCUGAAGAAAGUGGGGAGCAGAUGACUAGCGUGUUCCAGGGUCCACCCUACUCCAAUCAGCUGUCACAAUCUCUUCCCCUGUUGGACCAGGAGAGCCUGCAGCUCUGCUCCCUUGCCUUGGAGUGCCUGGCCCAUCUUUUCAGCUGGAUCCCCCUUUCUUCCAACAUCUCUCUAUCCUUGCUGGCCACCAUUUUCCACUUUGCCCGCUUUGGCUGUGACCAGCACCAGGGCAAUCCGGCUCCCUCCAUCUACUCCUCCGUCCCUGCCCCCGCAACUGGCAACAAACCGUGCCUUGGCCUCGAAAGUGACAGCACGCAGGUGCAGCGAGGCGGCCAGGUCGACAGGGCAUGGCUUGGGGUGCUGGCCAUGACCUGUGUCAAUGAGCUGGUGUCCAAGAACUGUGUGCCCCUGGAGUUCGGGGAGUACCUCCUGAGAAUGUUCCAGCAGACCUUCUUCCUGCUGCAGAAACUGACACGGGAGAACUCUGGCUAUAGUCUCAAGAGCCGGCUGGAGGAGCUUGAUGAAAGCUAUGUGCAGAAGUUCACAGAGUUCCUGAGGCAGUUCAUCAGUGUUCAUCUGAAGCGGAUAGAGUCCAACACGCUGUUCCCCACGGUGGACUUUCUGGCACUGCUGUUCAAGUACACCUUCAACCAGCCCACUCUCGAGGGAUACUUCUCUUGUCUGGAUAUAUGGGCCAUCUUCCUGGACUACCUGACCACAAAAAUAAAAACCCGAUUCACCGACAGAGAUGGCAUGCUGAACACGUAUAAGGAUGUCUUGGCCAUACUGCUGCAGGAGGUGCUGAAUUAUAUCCAGUUUCGAUAUAAUCAGUCGCAGCUGGAGGAACUGGAUGACGAGACAUUGGAUGAUGAUCAACAGACUGAGUGGCAGCAGUACUUGCAUCGGAGUCUGGAUAUUGUUGCUAAGGUGACGGAGCUGCUGCCGUCUCAUGCCUUCUCUACUCUGUAUCCAUUGCUGCAGGAGAAUUUGAAUGUGUACCUGGGGCUGCAGCAGUUUGUUGUCUCCACAAGCACAGGCCGGAGGCUGAACAUCAGCACAGAAAAUGAUUGCCGGCGGCUGCAUUUUGCACUGCGGGACUUGAGCUCCCUCCUUCGGGCCACAGGCAGACUGGGCGAGCACUUCAUCGGGCUCGACUUCGCCACCCGCUUCAAUGAUGCGCUGACGGUGGUGGAAAGGCUGGUUGAGGUGGCCUGCUACAGCUCCCAGACCAGUGUGCAUGACCUGCAGACCGCCAUGGCCUCUGUGCUGAGGCCAGAUCUCAUCGAUGUCCACGCCCAGUCUCUGGCAGCUCUUCAGGCCUACUCCCAUUGGCUGGCUCGGUUCUACAGCGAGGUGCAGCACCAGAACCAGACGCGCUUCGUCGCCCUCGUCACCUCCGCCAUGGAUGCCGUCGCCCCCCUCAUCAGCGCCAAGGUCCCAGAGAAGCUGCUCUUACCAGCCUGCCAUCUGAUGGUGUCUCUCACCACUACAGUACGGCCAGUUUUUUUGAUAACUCUGCCUGCGGUGCAGAACCUCUUCAACCUGGUAACCAACGACUCUGCUGGCAGGCUCCCCCCGGAGGCCCUGGUGCUGGUGUGCAGAGCCCUGUCCAACGUGCUCCUGCUCCCCUGGCCCAACCUGCCCGAGAGCGAGCAGCAGUGGCACAGCCGCUCCGCCAACCACUGCAGCCUGCUGGCGGCGCUCACCCGCCAGUACCGCCAGCUGAGGGACGGAGCCGGCCCCCAGCAUGGCCGCCCGGGUCUGGAGGAAGUGAAAUCGGUGGUGCACAAGACACUGUGGAUACUCAGGGACAUCGUGGAGAGCAUCUCGGGGGAGUCCACCAAGUCCCGGCAGAUCUGCUACCAGUCUCUACAGGAAUCUGUGCAGGUGUCUCUGGCCCUGUUCCCUGCUUUUAUCCAUCAGCCAGAUGUGACUGAUGACAUGCUCAGCUUCUUCCUCACCCUGUUCCGCGGCCUGAGGGUUCAGAUGGGCGUGUCGUUCACAGAGCAGAUAAUCCAGACCUUCCUCAACAUGUUCACUAGGGAGCAGCUGGCGGAGAGCAUCAUGCGGGAGGGCAGCGCUGGCUGCCGGGUGGUGGAGAGGUUCCUGAAGAUUCUGCAGGUGGUGGUGCAGGAGCCGGGCCAGGCCUUCAGACCCUUCCUUCCCAGAAUCAUCUCCCUCUGCAUGGAGCAGCUCUAUCCCAUUUUGGCCGAGCAUUCCUCCCCGGACGUGAAGGCGGAGCUGUUUGAGCUGCUUUACCAGGUGCUGCACCACAACUGGAGGUACUACUUCAAGAGCUCUGUGCUCGCCAGCGUGCACAGGAACGCCCCCGAGGAGCCCGUGGAGAACGAGGGCCAGUUCACCGCUGCCAUGCAGGCUUUCGGGCAGUCUUUUCUACAGCCAGACAUUCACAUCUUCAAGCAGAAUCUCUUCUAUCUGGAGUCCCUCAACAGUAAGCACAAGCUGUAUCACAAGAAGCUGUUCUGCACCUCCAUGCUGUUCCACUUCCUCAAUGUGCUGCUGCUGGUGCUGGUGCGCAGGAGCCAUGACCUGCUGCAGGAGGAGAUCGUGUUGGCCGUGUACAACAUGGCCUCGGUGGACUUCGACGUAUUCUACUCCACCUUCCUGCCUCAGUUCCUCAGCAGUUGCCAUGGCAUCGAUGCCAACCAGCGCAAUGUCCUGGGGUGUAACUUCAAGAUGGAGCGGGACCUGCCCUCCUUCACACAGAGUGUGCACAGGCUGGUAAAUGACCUGCGCUACUACAGGCUGUGCAAUGGCAGUCUGCCCCUAGGGAGUGUCAGGCUAUAGCAGGUCCUCCUUCCUGUACCGUUACCUGGACACUGUCGCUCAGCAGCAACCCUUCUACCGCUGUCCCUGACAGGCUCAUCUCUGGCUGGGGAGAGGGUUCCAAUGGGACUGCCCUGCAGGUUUGGAACCUUGUCACCUACAAAUUUCAUUGGACUGUCCACCACGUUCCCCCAGUUUCACACAGGAAACGGCAUUAUGACGCUGCAGGACCCUUUCCAGCCCCCUCAGGCAGGGCUGUGAGGAGCUCGGCACAUUCCUCCUUCCCUUCGACGUUUCCACUUUGAGAAAAUGCUCUGAGAGACGAGUUCCAUUCCAUUUAGAGGGUACAGAAAUGACUCCUAAAUAAAAUGUGUUGUGCAUACUUUUCUUUUUGUAAAAAGCAAAGACAGAUUUUAUUGGUUUUAUUGGUCGUUUUUCAUUGACUCAUUUGUAUUUUGUUAUUUUAACUCGUGUUUUUAUUUUUAUUUUUUACUUCUGUAUAGUUUACACAUGUCUUAUGUUAAGGUUUAUUGAAUACAUUGAGAACUUUUUUUGCAUCAGGAAAAUGUAAAAAAACAUUUUCCAGACAGGAAAUUCUAGGGAAAAUGAAAAGUCUUAAGAUGACCAGAGAAUGCCACUGUGCCUUCCAGUCAGAUGGAAGAGAACAGAUCACUGAGAAAAUAAUGUCAGUGUUGCAUAAUAAUUCUUGUCAUGGGGUGUGUUAUUUAUUUUGGAUGAAUUCCCCACUUUUUUUUGAGAGGACUAAAUGUCCAAACUUCUGUGAACACAACUGGAUGCCUGUGUACCUUCUGCAGGGACUUUGUGUGGAAAGCUUUUAAGCCCUCGGUGGCACGUUUUUAUGCUGAUUAACCCAGGGAAUAAACUAUAUGAACAAAGA